AUGGUUUCUUCACAAUACGACGCGUUUCUAUCAGAUCCUUGUGGAUUUCUUCAGAAACUACAAAAUGAUGUUUUUGCGAAUCAGAACACGCCCAAUUUCCAUACGGAUUUCAACAUUCCGCAGCUAAUUAAAAAUAUUCUUCAGUCAGAGCAGGAUUGGAACAAGAUUCCUUCGCUACAAAAAUAUCAACGAAAACUACAGGAUGGACAGCUUGUACAGCUUGAGUGUAUGGUACAGGACACGAACUUUGGUCAUGAAUUCUAUGUUGGAGCUGUGAAAAACACGCAUGAUGAGUGGAAAAGCUGCAGAUACAGUUUCUUGGAGGAGGAUAAUGAAAGCGAACGGGUAGAGAAGUUAGAGACUGCUUUGGAUGAACGCUAUUCAAUUUAUGUAACAAGUAUUCCUGGUCAAGAAGAAACAUACUUGCAGCCUAUUUCCGCCGAGCAUUCUCUGAAACUUGAUUCUUCAUCUGCUUACCAAAAUCGAAUCUUCCAUUCCGAAAGCAUUGGCGCAAUUGUAAAAUGCUACGGUGGCGUAGAGACAGAAAUCCAUGUCUGCGACGCUCUUCGGAUUGUAGGCUUGUAUGAAUCGCCAAGCGAAUACACCGAUGAUCUUCCUGUCGUGCACAUGCUGUACUUUGAAAACAUUUCCAAUCUUCCGCUCCGACGACUUUCACCGCUAGAAAAUAAAACAAUGCGGGAGCAAACGCUGGCUUUUAUGACCAGAAAGCUGGGUGACCCUAUCGCCGCGGAAACGUUACUAUUGACGCUUUUCGGGAACGUUUUUAACAGAACGGGCGGAAGCGCAAUUGGUUGUAUGUCUCUUAACCUCACUAACUGUAAUACGAUUGAUGUGGCCAAUGUCGUUUCUACGCUAAAACAAGUUUGUCCACGAGUAUAUCAAGAAACAGUUUCUAUUGAACGCUUAAACUCUGUACGCUUUUACCCGAGCAGCGACGGUGAGAGUCUCAGCACUGGUGUGCUUCAAGUAUCACCGGGAACUGUUCUUGUACUGGAUGAAACCCAACUGAACAAAGGUAUCUUGAACGAUACCGGCGUUCGAAACAUUGCUUUUCUUGAACAGCUUAUAACGGAGCAGAUGUUGCCUUUCAUGUUCCCAUUCAGCCAGUUCGAGGUGCCUACGAAUCUACGGAUUGUCAUUUUGAGUCAGACAAAGUCACUUCUCCCUUCACAGGUUCUGUACAAGUACAAAAAGCCAAUCGAUGAUAAGGAACAUUCUUCUUCUUCUUCAGAGCCAUUGGAGGAUGGCCUGAUUCCCGCGGUGUUUGAUUACAUUUCACAAGCUACACUGGUGACACGAAUUCCGGAUGAUGUUUCUAAACACAUUCAGGAUGCGUUUGUACAAUCGAGACGCGAAGGCAAGGCUGCCGACGAAAAAACACUGGGUCUCCAAAUCAAUGCUUCCUGUCUAAUGGCAAAGUCGUGGGGACGGAACGAAGUUAGCUAUGAGGACUUUGACUUUGUAUGUGAUCUUUUCGAGCAUUGGAGUCUAUGA